GUACUUGUACCCACCGCCGUCAAUCUGCGUGGGGGUUUAGCAGCUCCGCCCGUCCCCAAAGGUCCGCCUUUUCUCCCUCAUGAACUCGCAGUAGAAAAGGAAAACCCGAUUCCAUCUUGAGUACCGGCAGCGGGGGCAGAAUUUACCGGCGCCACCGAAGAUGUUCGGCGGCGAGGGGUAAAGGAACCGGCCCGGAUUCAAGGCGGCGGCGGGAUCCGAUUCCAUAAAUAAGUUGCCGCCGAUCGGCUUCUUCCUUCCGACCGUCGGCGUUGCCCCCUUCCAAGUGCUGGUGCGGUGGCCGGGCAGCGAGAGGGAGAAACUGGGAGGCCGGUGCUUCUGGCUCCUCCGCUUGGUUUGCAGGGGACGAGUUCAGUCCGAUGGGGGCCAUCAUGUGCUGCUUCCGCGGCCCUGUUGACGACGCGCCUGGCUGCUGCUGCCUGCCAUGGCCCUUCUUGAACAGCCAUCGCAACUCGGGCGCUCCUGCUCGUCCAAGAGCGCCUUCGCGGGUUGCGCCUGUUCAGGGAAGGGUUCCUCCUGCAGGUUCACGGCAGGAUGAUUCAAUGAACACCUUCCGCUGCCCUCCUAGGCCUUUGCCUUACGAUGAUCCUCAAUUCAGACAUCAAACGGAGCACCACCCGCUGGUGUCAGGAAAUGACAAAGCUUCAACGCAGUCCCAGAAACCUAAUCUACCUGAAGAAAGCAAUGAUGCUGAUACUAGAUCAACUUGUGCCAAUGAGAAGGCUGCUGGACCGUCCCUGAAAGCUGAGUUGGGAGGUAGAAAAGUCGGGGGAGCUCAAGUCUGUGUUCCUUCUGAUUGUGAGGAUGACUGUCCAAUAUGCCUAGAAGAGUAUAAUUACGAGAAUCCAAAGAUAGUGCUUCAGUGCAACCAUAAUUUUCAUCUUAGUUGCAUUUAUGAGUGGAUGGAAAGAAGUCAAUCUUGUGCGGUCUGUGCCAAGGUAAUGUUGUUUAAAGAGGACCAAUAACCAUGCUGGCUGCAAUUCUUUACACAUUCUGAAGACCCAGGACUGAAUCGCUUAGGUUGUGUACAUAGCAUCAGUGAAAUCAUGUCGCUAGAUUGUUUGUGUACAUAGCAGACAGUUCAUGUUUCUCUUUUCUCCACGAAUUUGAUGAGUUCUUCCAACGCACACCUGACGUUUCAAACUGAUUUUACUUUGGUGAACGGUGGGUGAUUGCAUUGGCUUGACAUGCUCAAGUAUGGUACUCUGGAAACUUCACAAGUUACAUCCACUUCUUUGCCAAUAGCUAUUUUGACAUCA